GUAAAGGUCGUUUGAAACAUGGCCGCUCCCUUGGAUGACAUGUUUUCCCUUUGCGUGGAACCCGGUAAAGUCACCAGCAACGUGGAAGUGAGAUUUAUAGACAACGUUAAGGGAAAGGGCCUCUUUGCUAAGAAAAGCAUCAAGAAGGGGGACACCAUUUUCAUUGAGCGACCUCUGGUUUCUGCACAGUUCCUGUGGAAUGCCUUGUACAAGUAUAAAGCCUGUGAGUUCUGCUUACGAGCUCUGGAAACUGCAGAGGAAAAUGCCAGGAGACUCAGCGGAAAGCCAGCGCUGACCCUUCCUCGUCCCGAGCUCUGCCGGGUUCGGCCAGAGCUGCACCAGGCCUGCCCGCAGUGCCAGGUGAUGUACUGCAGCAGCGAGUGUCGGCAGGCUGCGGCAGACCAGUAUCACCGGGUUCUGUGUCUGGGUCCCUCUCAGGAAGAUCCAGACCACCCCAUCAACAAGCUCAAAGAUGCAUGGAGGAGUAUGCAUUAUCCCCCCGAGACCUCCAGCAUCAUGCUUAUGGCCAAAAUGGUAGCUAUAGUCAAACAGGCCAAAGAUAAAGCACACUGGCAGAAGCUGUUCUCUCACUUCUGCAGCCGGACGGCGAACGAGGAGGAGGAGAUCGCCCAUAAGCUCCUGGGAGAACAGUUCAGGGGACAGUUGGCCUUGUUGCACACUACUUUUACAGCAGCACUUUUUGACGACAAUCUGAGUCGGUGGUUUGUUCCGGAGGGUUUCCGCUCUCUGUUCGCUUUGGUCGGAACGAACGGACAAGGCAUCGGCACCAGUUCCCUGAGCCAGUGGGUCCACGCCUGUGAUGCGCUGGAGCUCCCCGCCCAGCAGAGGGAGCAGUUGGACUCUUUUAUCGACCAGCUGUACAAGGACAUCGAAAAAGAAACCGGAGACUUCCUGAACUGUGAGGGCUCCGGACUGUUCCUGCUUCAGAGCUCAUGUAACCACAGUUGCAUCCCGAAUGCAGAGGCGUCCUUCCCCGACAACAACUUCCUGCUGCACCUCAGUGCCCUUCGUGACAUCAUCCCCGGAGAGGAGAUCUGCAUCAGUUAUUUGGAUUGCUGUCAGCGGGACAGAAGCCGACACAGCAGGCACAAAAUUCUGAGGGAGAACUACCUGUUUAUCUGCUCGUGCCCAAAGUGCAUGUCCCAGACGGAUGAGCUGGAUGUGACAUCUGAGGAGGAAGAGGAGGAAGAGGGCGAGGCAGAGGGCGAAACGGAGGGGGACGAGAUGGAAGAUGAGAUGACAGAUGUUUGAUGAAAGACUCGCCCUCAUUGUUCCCCGUCAUUUCUAUUCCUGCAACCAGAAAGCAAACGAGAAUAAAGAGCAGUUCACCUCACAAUCCGCUUUUCAUCAGGGCCGCCCAAACGUGUGGAGCAACUUCCUAUUAGAAACCCACCCUGCGCAUUCUUUGUUUUAAAAGAUUCGCCAUAGAAACGCACAUAUGAGUGCGUUCUGGUGUGGGUGUUUAAUUACAAUCAGUUUCAUUGUUCUGGCAGCUUACUCACAGCUGAUUUCCAAGGCAAACAUAUGAUUUAAGUACCGUUAGGCAUCUUUACAGGAAAAAAUGCUUUCAGUUCCUUUUCUUUAUGUUUUUUUUUGUUAAGAUAAAUCAUCAACGGAUCUAUUGGAAAAUGGCCAAAUGAUAAUUCCAGCACACUUGCAACACAACUGACACACAGCUUGCGUUUGGAGCAUCAGCAGGUGUGCAGAGUAAGCUGUAGGAUUUGGAAGCUCUCAUCAAGCUUUUCUUUCUCAUAUUUUCUCUUUUCAAGUUCUACCUAAUCCAAAAUGUUUCCCUGUCUGCCAUUUGUUACAGUUUGAAUAGUCUUUUGUACUUUUUUUUCAGCCUAAUUUUUGCUACUUCAAAAGCUAUAUGUCUUCUACUACAAGAAAUGACCCGCUGGAAAAUCCCAAAUAUCCGCCUAAAAACAUCUGGUCAGCCACAGUUUGGGGAGCUACAGUUGUGUAUGCUUGGUUGAGUGUUUAUAAUUAUAAUCGCGGUAGACAUUUUGAGUUUAACAUGCAGGAGCUGUAUAUCAAGAAGAGCUGCCUUCCAUUUAGAAAAAAAGUGCUGUCUGCUUUUCUAUUUCAAGUCAGAAUGCCUGGUGUGAGAAAAGGUCUAUUGAAAUGAUGGGGAUUCGAAACUCAUUCUCUGGCAAACACAAAGGCAUGCGUAUAACAAAAAAAGUUCUUUCUACAUCACAUUUCUACAAAUUCACUUGAUUUUCUCAACUCUUUAGGUGUGGCUGUUCAUUACCUGCUCAGAUUAUUCUUUAAAAUUCUUAUGACAUCGUUUUCUGCACUGCGUUUGACUUGUUUCUCAUAUUCGUUCUGGUUGAUGAGAGCAGCUUUACAGCUGGGAGGUAGUACUUUAAUAUCAAACCAGAAAGCCACUAUAGUAACCACUCUGCUUGACCUUCAGGUUCACAAAGUAGCGCUUUAAGGAGGUAAUCAUUUUAUGCUUCUAAGGACCGGCAAAAUUUAAAACAAAGGUCAUUUGGUUGUCUACUAUUUUUCCUCUUGCUUCUCUCUGGUCUGUGCACGCUGUCAAACUGCGCAUUUUAAUUUAAUCAUAAUUCCAGUAUAAUUACAGCCUUGUCAUGUGAGCGGCAUUCAGCCUGUGAAAUACAGUUUUGUGUUCUUCCUGUGAUGUAUGAGUUUAGGCUCACCCUCAUGCAAUGCAUUAUGGAGACCUUGACUGGAAAAUUGCGUUGUCAGUUACUGUUGGCCCUUUAUUGAGACCUGUAUUUCAUACCUUGGUUCCACAUGAUUGAAAUGACUGCUGCUGCCUCACAUGAAUCAAUAUCUUAACUAAGAGUAAUCACAAAUCCCGGCAUCUUUCAGUUGUUCGAGAACAAUUGAUAUUUUAUGAAAUAAGUCCCUUUUUCUCAGCUUGUACUCGGCACCCUUACUUGGGAGCAUAGCUGGGAUGGUUGCAUGUAAAAUCCAAAUAUAAUGGCAGCAAAGUGUCGUUUUUACUACUCUUACAUAAACCAUUGAAAUUGGAUGUCUGCUCAGUCAUUUAUCUGGUUUACACAGCUCCUGUCUUUGCUACACAAAAUUGUACUUGUAAAAUAUUUGCUCAGUCCGUGCAUAUUAACUACAAAUCCUCAGUCAAACGUGCUCCUUUAAAGGGGGGGUUGGUCUUCUUUUGUGCAGCAUUGGGUAAAAAGCGGAAUGUUAACAAAGCUACACUUGCCGGGUUAUUUAAAGCAUUUAUUUGAUUAAUUGAAAACACUUAAAAGAUAUGAGAAUAUUGUUUUGUGAAUUUUGUUAUCAUUUGUCCUCUAUCGUCUCUUAUUUAGGAUGGUGGAGGGCAGCUCCUGUAAGGUUGACAGUGAGAUGUUCCCUUGGUUCAGGCUUCCAAACAGUCUGGGGCUCCUUUAGGUAACGGGUCUGAGGUGGGAACCACAGGAAAACAUUGUUUUCUUAAAGGUUCUUAAAAGUUCUUUCAGUUUUACAGAGGUGGCUUUAUUAACUUGGCUUGAUCACCAUGACAUCCUGAAUCAGUUUGUGCUGAAUCAAAUGUAGAGGCUACAUAAAACUUACCUACUAUUGCAGCCAUCUCACCAGUUGAAAGAGUUUCAUUUUGACAUGGACCAUAACUUGUGAUUUUUGUGCAUAUUCCUCAUAAUGAUUCGGUCUUGAAACACUCAGUUGGUGUUUUCUUUGAUGUAAGUCAAAGAGCUCUAUGUGCAUCUGUCAGGAGAGGAACUGCAUUCAGUGAAUGAUGAAUACAUUAAAUUUCCCCCGUUUAAAAUGA